GCGAAAUCAGCUGUAGAAACAAUAACACGCCAACGACGCCCCAAAAUGAGAGCUUACCUAUAAAUGUCAGUAAUUUCAGGAGAAAGAGGCAUCUUUGACAGACUGAGGAUAGAUGUAGUGCACUUCACGGUUGUUUUCCACUGCAUUCUGCAAACUUGUUUCAGGGGAUCUCUUUCAGAUUAGCAGAGAAGGCGAGUGUGAAGAUGCUGCCUUUGUGUCAGCCGUGACACUCCAGCGAGUUAAACACAAACAGUCGAGAGUUUUUCAGAGACGUCUCCGUCAUUUAAAGGUUUGAUUUGAUCUCCUGCACCCGGCUUAACGGGAGCUAGGAGGAAAACACGCGAGGACUGGCAUGUGGGUCAAUUCUGGAAGCGUCGGAAGGGCCCUCUCCAUGGAUAUAGACACAGAUUAUGAGCGACCCAAUGUGGAGACCAUAAAGUGUGUGGUGGUGGGUGAUAAUGCGGUGGGCAAGACUCGGCUGAUCUGUGCCCGUGCUUGCAAUGCCACCCUUACUCAGUACCAACUGCUUGCCACCCACGUGCCAACUGUCUGGGCCAUCGACCAAUACCGUGUGUGCCAGGAGGUGCUGGAGAGGUCACGAGACGUGGUGGACGAGGUCAGUGUCUCUCUCAGGCUGUGGGACACAUUUGGAGAUCAUCACAAAGACAGACGCUUUGCUUAUGGCAGAUCAGAUGUGGUAGUGCUGUGCUUCUCUUUGGCCAAUCCGAACUCCCUGCGCCAUGUCCGCACGAUGUGGUUCCCUGAGAUUAAGCACUUCUGUCCCCGCACCCCGAUCAUCCUGGUGGGCUGCCAGCUGGACCUGCGCUAUGCUGAUCUGGACGCUGUUAACCGGGCUCGCCGGCCUCUGGCCAAACCCAUCAAACCUACAGAUAUCCUGCCCCCAGAACGAGGCCAUGAGGUCGCUAAGGAACUUGGCAUUCCAUACUAUGAAACAAGCAUUGUCGCUCAGUUCGGUGUAAAGGAUGUGUUUGACAAUGCUAUCCGUGCUGCGCUCAUCUCUCGACGCCACCUUCAGUUCUGGAAGUCCCAUUUAAAGAAGGUUCAGCGUCCCCUCCUCCAGGCCCCCUUCCUCCCCCCCAGACCACCACGACCUGUGGUGGGCAUCCCCGAUCCUCCUCCAAUGGAUGGAGAAGGUCCGGACUCUCUUUUCUGCCAGCUGUUGUGUGCAGACGUCCUGUUCCUCCUCCAGGCCGGGGCCACUCGUGUCUUUGCCCACAAGAUGUACCUGGCCACUUCCUGCUCAAAGUUCUAUGACCUUUUCACUAUGGACCUUGGAGCGGCAGGGAUGGAGAAGGAGGAUGAGGAGAGCUCGGAGGGGAGUGAGGAAGAGGAGCAGAGCCGAAGAGGAGCCAAAGAACAGGCUGGGCGUACCAAGAGCCUGGACAUUGAUAAGGAGGGUGAAGGUGGCACUAGGGGUUCAAAUAGGCUGCUCAUGUUGCAGCAGGGCUCACUGAGGACUUCACAGAGCGAUAACGCUCUGCCUGCAAGGGGCCAGUGCUCUUUGGGACCCCUGGGAGCAGGCCGUGCUCUUUUGGGAUGGGGGCGUGGUUUCCUGGGGGUUUACCUGGAGAUGGUGGAUGACCCUGUGACAGGUCGGCCAAGACUCAUGACAGUAGUGUCCAUGGAUGAACUCAUUCAAAAAGGACCUUUCCAGGCAGUGCUGCAGUACCUUUACACGGGUCACUUGGAUGAGAAACGUGGGGAUCUGAUGCAGGUUGCCACCAUCGCUGAGCUUCUAGAGGUCUUCGACCUGCGUAUGAUGGUGGCCAACGUGCUGAACCGUGAGAGCUUCAUGAACCAGGAGAUCACCAAAGCCUUCCACGUGCGUCGUGCCAACCGGAUCAAAGAGUGCCUGAGCAAGGGUGCCUUUGCUGAUGUGGUGUUUCGAUUAGAUGACGGAUAUCUGCCAGCACACAAGCCACUGCUCAUCUCAAGCUGUGAUUGGAUGGCAGCCAUGUUUCGUGGAUCCUUCAUGGAAAGCUAUAUUGAGGAGGUGUCAAUCCCCAACACCAGUUGUGCCUGUAUGAGAGCCGUUCUGGAGUUUCUCUACUGUGGUGUAUUGACACCAUGCCCUGAACUGGAGCCAAUGGACCUCAUAAUACUAGCUAACCGCCUCUGUCUUCCCCGCCUUGUAGCUCUAACAGAGCAACAUGCCAUUGAGGAUCUGUUGCUGUUGUCCGUUAAAGGGGUGGACAUUGAUGGACAUGUGCUGGCCUAUCUGGAGAUGGCUCAGUUCCACAAUGCCAAACAGCUCUCUGCCUGGUGUCUGCAUCACAUCUGCACCAACUACAAUAGUGUUUGUCGCAAGUUCCCUAAAGACAUGAAGACUAUGUCUCCUGAAAAUCAGAAACACUUUGAGAAGCAUCGCUGGCCCCCUGUUUGGUUCCUGAAGGAGGAAGACCGCUACCUCCGUUCUCAAAAAGAGCGAGAGCGCGAGGAAGAGAUUCUACGCAAGCAGCACACCAAACGGGGCUGGUGCUUCUGGAGACAUCCAUCCUCUUCAGCACCCCACAUUUCCUGAGGGUCUGCCUCCAUCCAUCCAUUCAAACCCCCAAUACCCCUCACCCUCAUUUCAGUCCAGAGGCAUGUAGCCAAGCCUGGGGAGCCCUGUUUUUGCUUCAGUGCGUCCGUCCCGACUGCUGGAAGCCGGGGGCCUCUUUGCCUCUGAGCUUUUGUCUUCCCUCCCUGUGCCGGGCCUUAGCGGGAUGCCGGCCACAAGAGCUCAGAGCGUGCGUGUCAUUAAACGGGAGAAGGCUUGAAGAAAGUCUUAAAUCUUUCUCACUCUCAAUGUUACGUGUUCUGCUGUGCGAAUGCAACAGGUCUUGUCGGAGCAUCACAUAGGGAACGGCAUCAUUGCAAUGACCUGCUUUCGCCUCUUAAGACUGUUAUUAUUAUACAAGACCACACACACACACACACGCGCGCGCGUGCACACACUCACACCAGCACACCGUCUGAGCGCUGGCGCCCGGGCACACGGAUGCUGCAUGGUGCUGCUGUUGUGUUGAGCUUUUCUCUGUGAGACCUAUUUCUGGGAAAACCGUCAUGUCCAAUGCCUACAAGCUGAAACAUAGCUUAGCUUUGAAUACGACUAGCAACUAAAAUGGCGGCAGGGAUAUAUACAUUGUUGUUGUGGUUGUUAAAAUAAAGGGGUGGUAAUUGCCCCCGCCUACAUUAUCAGUAAAA